CCGCCGGCGCAUGCGCAGUGCCGGGAGAGCGCCUGAGGGGCGAAGGUUGGCGCUGAUGGCGGCCGCCGGGUCCGGAGCGAGGAAGCCCGGCUCCCCGCGGGACUCGGAGUCGGAGGUCUGGUCCCGCCGCGUGAGGGAGCUGGUCGGCGCGGAGCCCGCCAACCGGCUGUGCUUCGAGUGCGGCCAGCGCGGCGUCACCUACGUCGACAUCACCAUCGGCAGCUUCGUCUGCACCGGCUGCUCGGGGGCGCUCCGCGGCCUGAAUCCCCCUCACCGGGUCAAAUCUAUCUCCAUGACAACCUUCACCGAGAGCGAGGUACAGUUCCUCCAGUCUCGUGGGAACCAGGUGAACCUGGGCUCUUUUGACUCGCGGACGUCUCUACUUCCGGAUUCCCAGGACCCUCAGAAGUUGAAGGACUUUCUGCAGGAGAAAUAUGAGAAGAAGCGAUGGUACGUCACGCCUGACCAAGGCAGAGGCUUAACUUCUCUGGCUGCCCAGAGCUCCGCCGCAGAGGUCAAGACACUGUUGGGGGACUCGGGGCCAGUGGCUAUGGCGGUCAAGCCUGCCCAGUCUGUGGACAAGUCCCAACUGCAAGGCCCUCAGCCAGCCAAGAAAACCAGCAUGGACCUUCUGGCCGACAUUGGAGGAGACCCCUUUGCUGCGCCUCAGUCUGGACCGGCCUUUACCGCCUUCCCUGCCUUUGGAGGCCAGGUGCCAGCCCAGGCCGCUUUCACCAGUUUUGAUGCCUUUGGUGGAAGUCCCGCAGCGUCGGCCUUUGGAGACCCGUUACCCUCCAGCCCAAGCCCUUUCCAGAGCCAGCCAAUUCCAGCAGGUGGCACACACAUGGGCGGAUUCCCUGCGUCUCCUGCCAGCCAGCCAGGAGUGAGCAUUCCAGACAUGGGCGGCACUUUCCGAGUGGGAGGAGUCCCGAGCAGUGUCUUUGGUGCCCUGAGCCAGUCACCUCUUUUGCCUCCGCCCAGCCCAGCCGCUGCCUACGGGGCAUGCACCAACCCCUUUGCGACAUCGGCCAUCUCGCAGCCCACGCUGCCUUCAACGAACCCUUUCCAAACCAACGGCUUGGCCCCAGGCGCCUUCGUGGUGGGCUCCCCCAGCAGCUUCUCUGCCUCCCCCCUCUCUGGCAUCUUCGCGUCUCCCUUGCAGCAGCAGCAGCAGUUUCACCCACAGGCCCUGGUGGGGCAACAGCAGAAUGGCGGGUCCCCCUUCGGUGGAUUUCCUAUCACCAAGGUCGGGCAGAGGCCGCCUGGGCAGCCCGUGGGCAUUUCAACCAACCCGUUUGUGACACCGAUGACCACAGCGCCACCCGUCCCCUUCGCGCUGGGGAAGCACCCGCCCACCAACCCUUUCUUAUAGCAGCAGCAGCAGACGUUGGAGGAGAUGCUGCCCCCCCCCUUUGCCUCUGUCUGUGGGAGCUCCCCCUGCCGGGCACGCACUUUAGUCUGUCUGUCGCCAUCUCUGCCUGGGUGGGGGUGAAGUGCUUUAACGACUGGCUGUUGAAGAGAGGGCCUGCCUCAAAGCAGUGCAUGAUGGGACUUGCAAUGGAAGCUGGGGGGCUUGCUGGGAAUCCAGCAGCAAUGCGUGCUGGGAGGUUGAUGGCAGGGAGGGAAGGGACAGGCUCAAUACAAGCACUUUAAGAGCGGCUGGAGAGGCUCCCCCCUGCAGUGCAUGCUGGGAUGUGAUGUCAAGGUUGAGGCCGUUGCAGUGCUUGCUGGGAAAAGGGAACUCUCUUUGGAGUCUGAGUCUGCUCCAAUCUCGGAGCUUCCUCUCCAGCCGCCCCCUUGCCGGUCUCCCAGCAGCCCUUGCUGUUGGCACUGCCGGAUUGCCAAGGGCCAAGGUUCAGUCUUCUGCUGGGCCUCCCCCAAGGCCUCUAGCAGUGGGAUCCCUUUGCUUAUCUGCUUUCUGGUUCUCCUGCCCCCAGUGAAUUCCAUCGUGUGGGUUUGUAGCCAGAGAGAGGCUUCCAGGCGCUCUGGAUGGAGUGAGAAGAAGCCACGGUGCCGACAUGGGGCGGGAGGGUUCUUGCCUUGAUCGUCCACGCCAUCCCCUCAUUUCUCUCAGUCAUUGCACUAACUAAAAGGGACUCGGGCAGUUGCAUCCUGGCAAGAGUCUCCGCAGCGCCCCUGCACCACGCAUGCCUGCCGAGGAGGCAAGGAGCAGUAACACUGAGGGAGGCCCAGUGUCCCAGCCUGCUGCCUGGGGUGGGUGGGAGGCCAGGGUCUGCACGGACCCUGAAGCAGGGCGCCGUGGUCCCUGUUGCUGCCCCAGCAAGCUUGCACUGGCCCUGGUCUCUAUGCCACCGCACCAGGGAGGGUUUGACUGGCACGUGCUUGGACAGAUGUGCCCUGCCCCCACCUCCCGCUUCUGGGCAAAACUCACAAGGGUGUAAAACUGGAGCCCACAGGGGCCCCCUCCUCCAGCCUUGCCCCACUUAAUUUCUCCCUCUACCGUGUGGCCUGACACUGUGCCAGGAAGGGGGUCCACCGCGUCACGGCCCCCUUGGGAAGCUCCCUGAGUAAGCCGGGGUGGGGGUGGGGAGAGGGCUCCUUCCUCCAGCCUCCCACCUUGGUCAGAACGGCCCCUCUCCUCCGACGUUGCCUCCUGCAGUAUUCUGUGUCCCCCCCCCCAGCUCACCAGAACCUUCCCUCGGGGGCCUCUGUCCACGCAAACAGUGCCUCUUGGAUCCAGUGGUCGGAAGCUGAGGUUCUGGCACUCAGCAGCCAGUCUUGGCCUGCGAUGUCACAGAAGCUGAGCAAGCUUCACUUUGGCUGACUUAAUUUCUACUUGACUAAAAGCAGGGAUUUAUGCAGCAGAAGUGGGUGCAAAAGCUCUUAUUAAACGUUAGGGGCUUUGCACAGAAAGCGGGGGAUUUCAUAAGAAACUUGUGAGUGGUUAUUUGGGGGGGGUGCUUUAAUUUGCUGCACCCCCCUCCUUCUCCUCCUCCUCCUGCCCCCAUGCCUUUCCUCGCUUCUCCCCAGGGGGCUCCUGUCCGAGGCCCUCUCCCUUCCCAGCCUCUCCUCUGGGCGGGGCUUGUUUUUGUAAC